AUGAAGACACCCAAGCGCAAGUCGAACUCCACUUCUCAGUGGUUUCGACAUGAAGUGAAGAGGUUCAACGACGCUGCAUGUACAUCCGACUGUAAAUCGAGAUGGGGAUCCUCAACGGAGUAUUCAGAAUACCCGAAGUUGCUGAGGGCUACGUGCGCGAUUUCAAACCAGUCUAUUGAGAGCAAACUCGGCAUCAAUAAUGACAAAGCUUCAUGGGUUUCAAAAGCAAACAAGUCCUUCUCCAGAUCGUGCUCGGUCCAGACAGACGAUACUGCUGAUGACUUGGAGCACUCGUCUGCCGCAGCGCCGUUAAAUCUCACGUUUAGUUCAGUUUACCAGCGAUAUUCAUCAAACGGGCAUGGGCGUGCAGGACGCCGAAGAACAGGUUUCGAUGACGUGCGGAGAAGGUAUGUACCGAAAAGCAAGGCUGCGCUUUGCCAAUAG